AUGGGGCAGACCUCUCCUGUCCACGCCGGGUCUAGCCUUCAACCUUCUUUGGGUGGGUAUGGCAGCCUAUCCUGUCAACAGCCAUGGGCAGCCCUCCUGUCCACGCCGGUCGAGCCCUUCCCCCUUCUUGUGGCUGGGGGAUGGGCAGCCUCUCCUGUCCACCGCCGGUCAGCCUUCCCCCCUUCUUUGGCUGGAUGGGCAGCAGCUUCUCCUGGCCACCGCCGGUCUAGCCCUUCCCCCUCUUUGGCUGGGAUGGGCAGCCUCUCCUGUUCACGCGGUCAAGCCCUUGCCCCUUCUUUGGCAGGUAUGGGCAGCCUCUCCGUCCACCGCGGUUCAAGCCCAUCCCCAUUCUUUGGUGGGAUGGGCAGCCUCUCCUGUCCACCUCCGGUACCAGCCCUCCCCCUUCUUUGGUGGGAAGGGCAGCCUUUAUGUCCACCGCCGAUCCCAACCCUUCCCCCUCUUUGGUGGGAUGGCAGCCUCCCUGUCCACCGCCGGUCAAGACCGUCUCCCCUUCUUUGGCGGGAUGGGAGCCUCUCCUGGCCCACCGACGGUCCAGCCAUUCCCCCUUCCUUUGGCUGGGAUGAGCAGCCUCUCUCCUGUCACCGCCGGUCUAGCCCUUCCCCUCUUUGGCUGGGAUGGGCAGCACCUCCUGUCCACCGCGGUCCAGCCCGCCCCUUCUUUGGCUGGAUGGGCAGCCUCUCCUGUCCACCGCGGGUCCAGCCCUUUCCCCAUUCUUUGGCUGGGAUGGGCAGCCUCUCCUGUCCACCGCCGGUCCAGCCCUCCCCAUUCUUUGGCUGGGAUGGGCAGGACUUCCUGUCCACCGCCGGUCCAGCCCUUCCCCCUUCUUUGCGCUGGGAUGGGCAGCCUCUCCUGUCACCGCGGUCCCGCCCUUCCCCAUUCUUUGGAUAG